GAGGGAGUGCUGCAUCGCACCGAACAUCUCCUCUCUGCUCCGUCCCUCCCCGCUGACGUUUCCCGGCGGAUAGGUGGACAGGUCCCGGCCCCCGGGCCUCUUAUCCCCGGCUCUGAUCCGUCUGAAGCGGAGCAGUCACUCGUCGUGCUAGCUGUGUAUUUCCUCCCGAGUGGACGGAGGCAGUACGGAAACAUAUCAGCUCAGCGUUAGCUUUAGCUCACGUUGUUGAGGUCGUGCGUUUCCGGUAAACUUGCCGGUUCUUUCGCUGCUGAUAACACCGGGACACGCACCGCGAGGGACCUUUUUGUGACCAGCCCUUUUUCCCCUUUGCUUUUUUUAAUAUAUUUUUUUCUUUUGGCGAGGAGAGACGAAACUUUAAGAGGGCAGAGCUGCGACUGGUUGUUUUGAUGGUCCGGGGUUAGCCUGUACCCUACAACGCAAAGCCUUGUGGGUCUAAGCCAUCGCUGGAGGAAACAUGAGCACAGCCAAGCCCAGUGGGAUCAAAGGGCCCAGCAAGAUAGGAAGGCCUCCUGGGACGGGAGCACCCAAGACCAACCCCAGCACAGCUAAAGCAAAUGCGGUCGACAAAUCCGAUGCACGGGUCGGCGGAGGAGAUGCUGAGCAGAGCUUCCAGGUCGGGGACCGUGUCUGGGUAAACGGGAACAAACCUGGCCACAUACGCUUUUUGGGAGAUGCCCAGUUUGCCCCGGGACAGUGGGCUGGGAUCGUUCUAGAUGAGCCGAUUGGGAAGAACGACGGCUCAGUGGCAGGGGUGCGCUAUUUCCAGUGUGAAGCCCUGCGAGGAAUAUUCACCCGCCCGUCAAAGUUGUCCCUCACAGAAGGGGAGGCUAAUGGCACUCAGACGGCGCCGCCGUCCCGCGCUGCCUCACCCACGCCUUCAGUCGGCAGCGUAUCCUCGCACACGCCUGCCACAAAGUCAGCAUUACCCUCGACCACCAAGAAGGCCUCCUCUGCUGCACCCGCUGCACCUGCAACACCGGCUACACCCCCCUCCAACCUCGCACGCACAAACAGUGAAUCUGUGUCCAACCUCUCCGAGACGGGAUCAGUCAAGAAGGGGGAAAGGGAACUGAAGAUGGGCGACCGUGUAUUGGUUGGUGGUACGAAGGCAGGAGUGGUACGUUUCCUUGGAGAAACCGAUUUUGCUAAAGGCGAGUGGUGCGGCGUGGAACUGGAUGAGCCCUUAGGAAAGAAUGACGGGGCGGUGGCAGGCACAAGAUAUUUUCAGUGCCAGCCCAAGUAUGGCUUAUUUGCUCCAGUGCACAAAGUCACUCGCAUCGGCUUCCCUUCCACCACGCCAGCCAAAGCAAAAACCACCGUUCGCAAAGCAGCGGCCACGCCAUCGGGGCUAAAGCGGAGCCCCAGUGCCUCCUCCAUCAGCACCAUGAGCUCUGUGGCAUCCUCGGUCAGCGCCAAGCCCAGCCGCACAGGCCUGCUAACGGAGACAUCGUCGCGGUAUAAUCGCAAGAUUUCAGGCACCACAGCCCUGCAGGAGGCGCUGAAGGAGAAGCAGCAGCACAUUGAGCAGCUUAUGGCUGAGAGGGACAUGGAGAGAGCGGAAGUUGCCAGGGCUACGGGCCACGUUGGAGAGGUGGAGCAAGAGAUUGGCCUGCUCAGGGACGAACAGGAGCAGAUGGAGACCAAGAUGGAUCAGUUACGUGCCUUGGUAGAAGCUGCAGACAAAGACAAAGUUGACCUGCUGAAUCAACUGGAGGAGGAGCGUAGGAAGGUGGAGGACCUUCAGUUCCGCGUGGAGGAAGCUUGCAUCACCAAAGGAGACCUGGAGACGCAGACCAGACUGGAGCAUGCCCACAUUAAGGAGCUUGAACAGAGCCUACUCUUUGAAAAGACCAAAGCUGAGAAACUCCAAAGAGAGUUAGAAGACCAUAGGGUUGCUACUGUUUCGGAGCGAUCCCGUAUAAUGGACCUUGAGAAGGACCUUUCUCUGCGCUCGAGAGAGGUAGCUGACCUGCAGCUGCGUCUCGGCACCCAGCAAGGCUCCGAGGACGCAACCUCUCCUCUGUCCCCCCUUCUGGAGGAGAUAACGUCUCUGAGGGAUCAGUUGGCUUCCCAAGAAGUUAAGCAGCAAGAGGAGCUAACCAAGUACAAGGAGAAGAUGGAAGCCCAAGAAAAGGCCCACAGCGAGGCAGCUGCCCGCCUCCAGGCGACAUCCGUGAGCCUCUCUGGUGACAACGAACAGCUGCAGAUGCGCAUCAGCCAGGCUGAGAAGGAGAAUGCGGAUAUCGUGGAUUCGUGGCGUUCCAAGUUGGAAUCCGUUGUUGCCUCUCACCAGCAAGCCCUGGAGGGGCUGAAGGGGUCCUUCAGCAAUGGCGCAGAUGCCCAGACGAAAGAACUUAUCGAAACCAAAAGUGAACUGGAGAGACUGAAGAUUGAGCAGAAUUUCGCCGUGGAGGAGGCCCGAGUCAAACACGAGGCCGCGGCUCAGGAGGCGCAGGCCCUGAAGGCUCAGCUGGGUUCUUUGAUUGAGGAGAAGGAACGCCUGGAAGAGUCACUGCGGUCCAGCGUGGAAAAAGCAGAGGAGCAGCACCUUGUGGAAAUGGAAGAAGUUCUUGGAAAACUCCAUAAUGCUGAAGUUAAGGUGAAUGAGCUCGAGGAGAAGGAAGCAAUGUUGGCGCAGCAGGCCCAAGACAAGGAGCGAGAAACCAAAGAGCAGAUUUCAGAAAUGGCGGCUUUGCGUAGCCAAGUAGCACAAGGCAACCAGGAGCUUGUGACCCUGAAGAGUCAAUUAGAGCUGGUUCAGAGUCAAGGGAACAACCAGGGUGCCCAGGUCAAUGCAUUGAGCUCACAGUUGGAGGGCCGACAGCAGGAAGUCCUCUCUUUACAGAAGAGCCUGACCACCCUACAGCAGGAGAAGGAGGCCUUGGAACAGGAGCUUGGAGGCCUGAAACAAAAGUUGGCUGAUAACACAGAGGAGCAGACCAUAUCAUCAAACACUAUGCAAGAAACACUUGAGAAGCUCAGUAAGAAGGACGAGCAGUGCACAUCUCUGAAGAGCCAAUCAGAGUCUCUGAGAAGUCAACUUGCUGGGCUCGAGAGGAAACUAAAGGCUGCAGAUGAAAAACUUGAGCAACUCUCAAAGGACAAAUGCAAGCUGGAAAAUGAUAUGUCGGACAUGAUGAAGACAUCUGGUGAUAGUUCAGUACAGCUGACCAAAAUGAAUGAUGAUCUCAAACAGAAAGAAAGGAGGCUUGAGGAGUUGCAGAGUCAACUAUCUGAGGAGAAGGAGAAGGUGGCUCACUCGAAUGAACAACUCCAGCAAGAAAGGUCCUGCAGAGAGCAGGAGCUGAUGGAGACCAGAGAUGCACAUCAGUCUCAAAUAAGGGGCCUUCAGGAGACUAUUGCAAACAUGGAGAAGAGCGUUAAACAGGGCGAGACCCUUGUUGUGCAACUCAAGGCCUCACAGGAGAAAUCCAUCUCUCAGGUUUCCGAGCUUCAUGUUGAGGAAGUAGAGGUUCUGCAGAGUCAGGUUAACAAGUUGAAGCAGGACCUCUCCUCCAGCAAGGACAAAAACCUGGAGCUGGAGAAGAUGGUGUCAGAGCUGCAGGAGUACAAGGAACGAGCUCAGUGUCUUUCUGCUGAGCUUGACUCCCACAAGCAUGAUGUUGAACAUUUGAACAAUCAACUGGAAAAGCAGAGUCUAGAGUUGGAAAUUACGUGUAAGGAAAGGGAAGAAGUCAAAGGCGAGAAAGGCAAACUGGAUCAACGUUGUUCAGAAAUCCAAACUCAGCUCUCUGCCCUUGAGAUUACUCACCAGGAGCUUUCUGUCCAGAAUGAAGAGCUGCUCAUUACUAGAGACCAGCUUUCCAGAAAUCUACAGCAGGUAAUUGCCAAAAACAAGUGUUCGGAUGAAGAAAGUAUUUCAUUGAACAAGGAGCUGGAGAAGCUUAAAGGUCUUCUUCAGGAAGUACAGGCUGAAAACAAAAACCUGACGCAUGCCGAAGGUGAACACAAGGCCCAGAUGGAGGAGCUUCAAAGGAACCGUGCAGAGACGACCGACUUGCUCCUUAAAUAUCAGCAGGACACCCAGAAAGUGGAGAUUAUAAAUAAGCAACUACAAGAGGAUUAUGAAAACGUCUGCAAAGAGAAGAACCGUCUUGUAGAUGACCUGAAGGAAAGAACAUCAAAGCUCACAUGUGAGAAGGAAAAUCUCAUUUUAGAGCGAGAUUCUGCCAGAAAUGCCAAAAAAUCGCUCGACGCCAAGAAUGCUGAGUUGCAGGAAAAACUUAAAUCGUUGAACUUGGACAAAGAAGAUCUAACAAUGAGGAACACCCAGCUGCAAGCCCUCACUGAAGCACUGACUAAAGAGAAGCAGGGCAUGUCUUCUGACCUCGGUGCCACUUUGGUGGACAAACAGAGCCUUGAAGCGGUGAAGGAGGAUCUCCAGAAUAAACUGAGUGCUGCCAAGAAGGAUUUGGAGAGUUCUGUCCGUCAAUGUGAAGAACUUCAAGCCACCAAAGUGAGUCUGGCCCAGAUGCUUGACUCGGUCAAGACAAGCAGUCAGGUGACUGACUCCGAGAGGCUUCACCUUCUUCAAGAGAAAGAAGACUUGAUUGCAAUCCAAAGGAAAGUCUGCAAUGAGAAAGAAGUGCUCCUCGGCGAGCUGGAAGAAAUCAAAGAGAAGUUCAGAGUCUCCUCAGAACAACUCUCACAGUCCAAUGAGAAACUUAAAGAAGCGGUAUCAUCUUUUGAGCAAGAGAAAGAAGCGUUUCGCCUUCAGAAUUCCAAAAUUGAGAUGGCUCUACAUGUUCUACGAAAAGAAAAGAUGAGCCUGGAUUCAGCACUAGAGCAGCAGAAGAUGGAUAAUGAGCGUUUGGCGGGAGAGAUGGAAGAGAAGCUCACAAAAAGCCUAUCUGACAAUAAUGCUCUUUCCCUUGAAUGUGAUCGGCUAGCCAGUGACGUCAGAACAAACGAGGGCCAGUUGGAAGGUUUCUCAAAAGCCAACGACCUCUUAACUCAAGAGAGGUCUCAUUUGACAGCCGAGCUGGAGGAAACCAAACGGCAAAAAGACCGAGUCGAAGCCGAGGCGUCCUCUUUGAGGCGAGAAAAGGCCGAGCUACAAAGUGACCUGCAGAAACACGCCGCCGACAUUGAAAUCCUUACAAAGGGCAACAGCGACGCUGUGCAAGAGUACAGUAAACUGAACAGGGAUUAUGAGAAGGCUAAUUCUCAACUUGUUCAACAGGUUGAUGACCUGAAAAAAGCUUGUGAGCGUCUGCAAACGCUGCAGAAUGACGCUAACGACAAAGUGCAAUGCUUGCAGAAAGACAACCACCGUCUGCUUCAGGAGAUCCAGGAGUUAAAAUGUCAGACGCAAUCAUUGUCGGGGGCCAAGCACCUUCUGCAAACCCAGUUACAGGCCGAGUCCAGUGAACGAGAUAAAGUCCUGUCUGACAAGGAUGUUGUGUCCAAACAACUUGAGGAUCUGCAGAGAACGUUGUCCCAAGUUAAGCAAGAAAACCAAGACAUGUCUUCUAACCUUACGAAUGCGGACAAGCAGAAGAAAGCCUGUCUGAUGGAUGUGGAGGUUUUGAAGACUCAAUUGAAGCAGCGAGAGCAAGAAACUAGUGAUUUGAUAGAAGAUAAAGGGCAGUUAUUAUCUAACAUAGAAGAAAUGAGCAAACGGAUGACCUCCCUGACCACGCAGAAAGAAGACCUUUUAGCUGAACAGUGCAAGUUGGAGAAGAACAUUUCUUCUCUCCACACAAGUCAGGAGGAGUGGCUCCUAGAACGGACCAGGCUCCUCGCAGAGAUAGAAAACGUGCACGCUACCCAGAAGGAGCUGGAAGGAGAUGUCAGGGGCCUGCAAACAGAAAAGGAGCUUUUGGAAAGCCAGUGCAGGAGCGCCGCUGUGGAGGUUUCUGCUUCUGCUGCUGUGAGAGAGGAGAUGACCUCGGACAUCUCAAACCUAACCGCUGCGAAGGGCGCCCUGCAGGAGGAGAGAGACCAAGCCAACCACAAAGUCAGCAUGCUGGAGGCCCAACUAAAAAAUGCCAUUUCUAAGCAGCUUGAGGUCUCGGAGCAGCUGACCACCGCCAUGCAGGAGAGGAACCAAGCCCAGUCCACUGUGGAAGAACUCCUGGGCUCCAAGCAGAAGGACGAGCUUAAAACCUUGAAGAACACUCUUUCCAAAUACCAAGAGGAUAUAAAUGUUUGCAAAGAGCAGCUUUGCAUAGAAAGUGAGAGGACGGAGAGCCUAUGCCAUGAAAUUGAGGAGCUUAAAGGGGCAGUUUGUGUAAAGACGCAGUCCAUGCAGAUGCUACAAGAAGAGAACAACAAGCUGACUCUGGAUAUCGAUAAUGAUCAGAAAGCCCUGAGGGAUCUUGAGAAGCUCAAAGACGAGCACUCAAAACUAAAAAAACAGUUGAAGUUGAGUGAGAGCACCUUGAAGGAGCAGUUUGACAAGGAGAAGUCAGUCCUCCAAAAGUCCAUCCAUAAAAACAGUGCCUUAAUAUCAGAGAAGGACCAGCAGGUGGAAAACCUGAGGAGCGAGCUGGUUGUCCUGCGCGGGGAGAGCGACUCCGUUAAGAGACUGGAGGGGACCGUUGAGGCCUUGGAGCGGGACAAGGCUGAUCUACAGGACCGGGUUCAGAGGCUGGAGAAGGACCUGCCUGCAGGCUCUGGUGAUGUUUCUGAACAACUGAAAGAGGCCAGAGAGGCUUCUGAGAGUCAGAUUGAGUUCCUGAAUUCAGUCAUUGUUGACCUCCAAAGGAAAAAUAAGGAACUCAAGGACAAACUGGAGAAAAUGGUAGAUGCUGCUCUCAAUGGGAAUAAUCCAAGUGAGCUGGAUAACUAUGACAGCCAGGACAAGGAGCCCCUUAAGAAGAAGCUUCCCCCGAGACUCUUCUGUGACAUCUGCGACUGCUUCGACCUCCACGACACCGAGGACUGUCCCACACAAAUGCAGAUGCCCGACUCUCCUCCACACACCACCUACCACGGCAGCAAGGGCGAGGAACGGCCUUACUGCGACAUCUGCGAGGUCUUCGGCCACCCCACCGACUCCUGUAACGACGAUCAGACCUUUUAGGCCUUUUUCCCGCCCUUGUUCGCACAAUCAAUGUAUUUGCACAUGGUGUUCGGUUCUGCUGAGGUUGGGAUUUAGGUUUGUCCGUGUGCUUGCUGUUGCCAGCCCCCAAGUUCUCUUACAGGAGAAUAGUCUCCGUCUCUCCAGAGAAGAAGAGGGACAACGCACAGAAAGAUAAUAAACAGCAGUUUGUAAUCAUGAAUGAUGUGUGAGUGAGGAGGAUAUUUAAUUUAUUAAUAUCCCUGUUUGCACAGCUUGUUGGGGAGUUACAAAAAUAAUAUAGUAUCAUUAAAAAUGUUUAUUUGAAACUGUAAAUUACUUGAUUGAAAAAAAAAAUGACUUGGUGCAGAUAUUGGUGAGCUAUAGUUUAUUUUUUUAUGACUGGAGAUGCUAUGUUCUCUUUAAAGGUUUAAUAGAAUGUGUGUUUUGUGAAUGGUUUUCUCACUCUUGCCUGAAGUGGAUCAGUAUGACCUUUAACCUUUGUUCUGCUUUAAGAGGAACAUUUUACAUUAAGGAACUGAUGGCUGAUGUUAAAGAAGAAACAGUUCCAGUCAAAUGGCCUUUCCAAAAAUGUACAAAUAAGAUUGUGAAAUACUUCAUUGUAUUUCUUUAAAAAUGUUUUGAAUAUCUGUAUUAAAAUAAACUAUGUAUAAAUCAAA